AUGGGCUGCCAGCGCCAAAUGGAGAUCACUCGCUGUGGCACCUGCUCAACACUGUCACUAUUCUUCCAUAUUGACAUUGCCCAGUCGACCCCAGGCGAGCACCUGCACGUUGUGGGCUCGCAUGAGGGGCUCGGAGCAUGGGACCCCGAGAAGGGAGCCCGCCUCACAACAAACGAGCGAACCUAUCCUGUGUGGCGCUCUCGACAGGUCGAGUUGAGAUGUGCGCCUGAAGACUCUUCCACUGUGCUGGUGCUCAAGUAUAAAUACGUGCUUGAUCGCCGCGAGCUCAAACAGGGCUUCCUGUGGGAGGAGAACAUCCCGGAUCGUGAGGUGCAAAUACCGUGGUCCCAGGAUUGUGACUGCGUUUGGCUCAUCAGAGACUCAGCCUUUAACCGAGAAGCAGCGACCAAAGUCACGAAGCUGGCGCCGGGAGCAAAGCUCCUGCGCUCUCCACAGCAAGAAGCCAGUGAAGGACUGAUCUCCGCGCCGGAAGAAACUCCGGAGGCAGAGGAGCCAACGGCGACACCCCUCUUCGACGCCAAGCCGCUUCCUGAAGAGCUGGGUUCUGCCUCUGCUGGGCAGCUGUGCCAAGGUGUGGAGGUGUCGCCGAAGAGGAGUUGGCUCCCUGAAGAGCUGGGCAACGUGCGAGGGUUCAGGGGCUGCGGCACAGCUGACCCUGGGCACGAUGAGGUCACAGGAGUUGCGCUUUGCAAUGUUCAAGCACAGAGCCAGUGCUCCAACGUUUCCUUAGCCCGUGGUUUGGAACAGUUCGGUCUAUUGGAAGAAUCUUUCUCUGCAGAAGCGGGCACCUACAUGGAGCAAGGAGAUUUUGCAGGCAUCGCGCUUCUGUGCCCCUCUCCCAUAAAGAUGAAGCAGCUUCUUGGGCAGGUGGUCAGGAUUGAGAGCGCGCUCCUCAUCGUGCAGUGUGGAGACGAUCCGAAUGUUCCACGCGAACAGGAGCCUUUCCCGGUCUUCCACUCGGAGGGUGGAGAGGGGGUUUGGAACAUACCGUGGCUGAAUCCUUAUCACCUCCGUGCCCUGGCCAAUGGUCUCCUCGAUGAUCGUCUUGCUCCUGAGCGCGUUCCAUGGGCAGAGAAGAAGCGUGUGGUGUACUGGCGCGGUGCUCUCACAUCGCCUGAUGACAUCCCUCCGUCAGAGGCGCACCGGCUCCCUCGUUUUCGAGUCUUCAAGCUGGCUUCCUUGCGGCCAGAGCUGUACGAUGUUGGUAUCAGCAAUGUUGACAAUGUUCUUUUUGAAGCCUGGGGCAUGCAGGUAGUGCGGAAGAUUGCAAAGCGACAUGGCGUUCGACUUACCCCUUAUGAGGACUUCAACUCCGUGGCCCCUGCGUAUCGGUACUUGCUGAACCUGAACGGCGUUGUAUCAUCCUGGCGCCUCGCGAGCCUGCUUCGAACUGGCUCUGCUCUGCUUCUUCAGAGCUCAGAAACCCAUGAAGCUUUGCACUGGGAAUUGGUGGCAUGGAAGCAUUAUGCCCCAGUCUCGUCUGGCCUGGAUGAUCUUAUGGAAGUCGUGGCAACACUGGAGAGUAAUGAGACCCUUGCAAAGAACAUUGCACAGGCAGGGGCUGAUUUCUACAAGCAACGCAUGCGGCCGGAGGACACUUACUGUUUGGUUCUCCGGACGCUGGAGGUAUCCCAGGUUCCAGAGGUGACCCUGCAAGACUUGGUCAGUCGUGGCUUCGUCCCGGCUCCUGGGAAAACUGAGUCUGAACCGAUUUCGACGUACCUUGUGGAAGUAGCCCAGAUCUCGCCCGAGUCUGCACCGACACUUCGUGAGCGGCUGGAAGGUUCCUGGACGUGCCAGCCUUGCACCGUCCGCAGUGGAAGCAGUGCGACAUGGUGCGGCGUGCUCAUGGAGUCGCAGACGGAAAGCGGCAUAGCGGAAAGAGGAGCUGCAGAAAGCGGUGCUGCAGAGCCUGGUCUUCGGCUACACGUAUUGACCUACGACCUCUGCAUCCACACCAUGCCUUCACUGAGCAUUGGACUGCUGCCGAGGCUUCAAGCGAAGGACUGGUCAAGACGUGACAUGAGGCAAUUUCCCUUGUUCAUCUUCGCGGUGGCCGGCCAAUUCCGCCUGAUGAAGGAGAACAUCGUCGAAUUGAUUGAUGCCCGGCGCGAUGUUCUACUCACGUCUUUGGCAGGCAUGCUCCUGCCAUCCCACUAUGAUUCCACAUUCGAAGGUGGAGACCUCCUGGAAGUAAUGCAGGGCCCUUAUGGCCUCAGCACUCCACACCCGGCAACAGCAUUGGCCAAAAUAUUCACCAUCGCGGCGCUCGAGCAGUCAUUGCAUCAGAUGUGCGUUGUGCAUCGAGACGUAAAGUGCGAGAACGUGUUCAAAGUUGAGGCGCCCAACACUGUUGCCCUCGAGGAUUGCACGUACAAGCUGGGCGAUUUUGGCCUUGCUGCGUGCGUGAUGCCCGACGAGGUGUUGAUGGACCAGGUGGGCUCUCCUUCAACUUCAGCACCGGAAGUUGUGCGAGGGCGCCCCUACGGCAAGCCUGCAGAUAUGUGGUCUGCAGGAGCUGCCAUCUACACGCUCCUUGCGGGCAGGAGGCCCUUUGAAGCCGGCAGCUCAGCUUUUCUGUCUGAGAAUGACAACCAUGUCUAA